AUGGCACAAUCAAACUUCACCCCCGCCCUCCUAGCCGGCGCCCUCGCCGGCACCACCGUCGACCUCACCCUAUUUCCCCUCGACACUUUAAAAACCCGCCUUCAAUCUUCUGCCGGCUUCGUUGCAUCUGGAGGUUUCAACGGAGUAUACCGAGGAGUCGGUUCUGCUAUUAUUGGCUCCGCACCCGGAGCUGCUUUAUUCUUCUGUACAUACGAGGCGACCAAGACUGCAUUUGUGCGACGACGAGAGCUUUCAGGUUCACAUACAUCGGGAGGUAAUGGAAGGGGGAAAGCUGUUGAACAUAUGGUUGCGGCGAGUCUGGGAGAGGUGGCCGCUUGUGCUGUUCGUGUGCCCACCGAGGUGGUGAAGCAAAGGGCACAGGCGGGGCAAUACUCGAGUUCUUUACUCACACUGAAGGCGAUACUGGGACAAUACAAGCACAUCGGAAUGACGGGCGUAUGGAGGGAACUCUAUCGCGGGUGGAGCGUCACCAUAAUGCGGGAAGUGCCAUUUACGAUUAUACAAUUCCCUCUUUGGGAAUCGAUGAAGGCAUACAGGAAGAGAGCAAGUGGGAGGGAUACUGUGAGCGCGGUAGAAAGUGGACUUAUGGGGAGCUUAGCGGGUGCUGUGGCGGCUGCAACUACUACUCCGUUGGAUGUUUUGAAGACGAGGAUGAUGUUGGAGAAAGAGAAGAAGCCGACUAGGGUUUUGUUGAAGGAAAUAAUUGCCAGGGAUGGUCCCAAGGCUUUUUUCGCUGGGAUAGGUCCAAGAGUGAUGUGGAUAAGUAUUGGCGGAGCGAUAUUCUUGGGUAGCUAUCAAUGGGCAUACAAUGAGUUGGCUGGAGAAGAUAAGGAGUGA